AUGAAGGCCUCUAAAGCAGCGCAGCACAACUCUGCUCAAGAGGAAUGUGGCGUUUGGCUCGAUACGGCACAACUGAAAGGAAAAGCUAAACAGAAACGUCUCGCCCGUCCCAUCUCAAAAUUGCUGAAUCCCUUGGCUGAGGGUGAAGGUUACAACUUGGCUGUGGCACUCAACUUCACUCAGACCAAAGUGGAAAUGCCUAAGAACAAACAGAGCGCUAUGUCAAUGUUUUUCACGCCUCAUCGAAGAGUUAUUCACAAGAUGUGCUCUUCUGAAUUACCAAACCUGGAUCCAGUGCAGCCCUUUUCAUCGUCUAUCUCCGCAGCGCCCGCCGUGAAAAAGCGAGGACGAAAUGAACGUCUUGAUGAUCCUGGUGUAGAUUGUGAGAGAGAUGAAGAUGUGACUGAGACUGAAGCAGCACCGUCACAGCAUCAAGGAGGACAUCAUUUGUCUUUGCCAGACUAUGAGUUUGAAGAUAAAGGGUCUGAAGAGUGUCAACCACCUCAGAAUAAGACGAGGCACACCGAACCCUCUUUGUUGCCAGAUGACAGUCAAACACCUUUUCAAACAUGGACUCAGGACUCACAGUUUACCUGCAGCCAGUUCCCAGAAAGUGAAUUUGAUCCAAACGAUAAGAACUACACAAAGAAAAACCUUGAGAACUCUGAGAGAAUUUUCCUAGACAGCCCAGUGAGUGAAGAGGUUUUUGGAAGUUUGACAGGUGCUGAAGGAAGAACAUUAACUCAAAUACCAGAUAAACUCCAUCCUCAGGCAGAAGAUGAAAAAGAAAACAGUUUUUUAAAUUCCCCAAAGAAGCAAUAUUCUGUCUCUCUUCUUGGACUUCCAGAGCACAAACAGGCAGAACCAAAAAGCACUUCACUAAAACACACAGAUGGACGAUGGAGCUGCGCAGGAAGAGAGGUGCAUUUUGACUCAACAAGGACAAAACUGAGCAGCUCUCCUCUUCAGAAACCUCAGCAGCGGAACAGAAAGACUGAUGGGAACAGCUGGGCUGCGUUGUUCACUCAGGACUCUGAGGGCUUCAGGGUGAUCGCACAUCGAGGUCCGACAACCAGGAGUCCACUCAAAGAUGAGAGUAACAUGAGCUCUGGAGGGGUGAGAAGCUGUCCUUACAAAUCUGAAGAAGAAGAUGACGAGGAGGAUGAAAUGCUCUUUACUCAAGACUCUCAGGGAAACAUGGUGAUCAAACACUGA